UCAGUCACAGGAUCUUCAGCACUGAUACAGAGAAAUACUGUUAUGUACCCUCAUAUAUUCCUUUAUCUGCUGUAAUAGAGCGUGAUAUAGCUUGUUAUUGCGCUCAUAUGCAGUGUAAUGUCGGUUAUUAGAGCAUGAAUAGAGUGAUAAAUGUGAAUAUCGCUUGUGUAGUGGCGAGUGAUAAUGAGUGAAUGAGGUGAUCUGCUCUGGAUCUGUAGAACUGGAUUCGUUAUAACUGUCACAUCGGUUACAGCUCCAACCCUCUGCCCAGCCCCCAUGGUGGGGGAGUCGGCUAAUGGAAGACUCGUCUCUCAAGCAGCCUACUAUGGUCUCCAGACUACCGAAAUUUGGCUCUCGUGCUUCGUCUGCUCCCGGCCCCUUCACUAACGCCUCGGCCCCGGCCGUGUCCUCCGGGUGGGGUAAAGGAGUACCCGUGGGAAAGCAAAAUGGUGUCAUACGUGUCUCACCGACCCUCUCUGCAAAGGCGAAGAAGGAGAAAGAGAACGAUGAGAAAGCUCCAGAUUUAGCAGAAGAGGUUCGGACGGCCUUAUUCCCUCAGCAGCAGCUCCGCCCUCCAGGAACAGUGAGGCAAAUUAAGAAACCCUCGGCCGCGACCGGGGGCAAAGCCCAGCGGUCCAUCCCUACUGCGUCGAGUACAUUUCCAAGGACUGUCAGUCAAUCUACAAAGGCAAACCAACGCACCGCUGCCACUAAACACCCCUCCGCCAGCCAGAGAGGUGCGAAUGGAGUCGCCCCUGUCAGGGGAUCGUCCUCCAGCGACAGCCUGAGGUCCCUCCCUGUAGAGACCGUCGUGCGCUCCCAAAGCUUCACCUAUCUAAAGAAACCAUCGACUCUUACCGAUCCACCACUGACGCGAUCCUUUUCCUUCAACCGGGCGGCAGAAUUGGCUAAAGAGCUGCCCAGACCUUUGGCAGAGUCUCCGGUAGCCCGGUCUCCUGUGACUCAACCCUCCAUCGUGUCGGGUGGCGACCGAGGCGGUCCUUUUGGUGUAACAAAGCCUACAAUAGCACCAAGUACGUCAACGUUACCACCCGCAGCCCUGAAGAAAUCCCUCCUGCCCAGCUGUGCUGUUCCCAAGCCAUCAGUGCUCGGCUACAAGCUAAGUCGACCAUCGCUGGUCAAGCAGCCAUACGCAGCACGUCCAGCUAAAGCCCAGGAGAAGCUGGAAGCAACCAAGAAGGAAGCAGAUGCUCCAGAGAGUGUCCCGCCCAUUUAUGGAACGUCUAGCAACCCCGAAAGUUUCAGUACCACUCCCGAUGACCCUAAAGAGGCGGAUAGCAACCGAGGUCCAUCUCUAGAAGUUCUGGAGGACAUGUCUUUGUCUUCUACAUCAUCUCUGGAGCGUAAUGAUGUCAGCGAGGAGUACAUUGAUGACUUUGAUGACUUGGGAACUGGAGGAAUUCUACUGAUGGGGGUCCAUGGGGGUGAGAAUGGCCAGUUAGGGUACUCCGAGCACCAAGAGAGGGCAUCAGUGUCUAGUCUGCACUGCUUCGCUGCCGAAACUGUGGACUGGAGGAAGAUAGGCCUCACAGGUACCAGGAAGGCUUCUGAUGGAUCUGAUCACCGUGUUACUCAGACCCUCUCUCCAGGAAGUGAUCUACCACACGGUUCCUCUCUGGAUCUCUCACCCUCAGACAGCUCGGGUGGGACCUACAUGUGGGACGAGGAGGUUCUGGAGCCGCUGGUAGGAGGAGCGCAGCUGUGCAGGAGCUACGAUUCCAACCUGAACAGCAUGGACGUCCUCAACAACCUGGAGAACUCGUGUGAUCUGGAGGAGGAUGACCUCAUGUUGGAUGUGGAUCUGUCCGAAGACAUCUCGCUACACAGCGAUAUGGAUGCUGUGGUUCAUUAUGAUUGUUCAGACUCUGAGUUUUGGCAGUGGAGGAAGCGGCAGCAGUUCAGAGGGAGGAAGGAGAAACUACACAAUAAUAACGGUGAUGGUAUGCAGGCGUAUGACAGCUGUGGGGUUCAGGGUUCGAGCAGGUCGGCUUCAGGACUUGAAUCUCUGGAUGAGCUGAUGUUGAAGCACAUGGCCCAGGACUGUUCUUCUGUUAAAGAUCAACUGCUCCAGCUCAGGAGACUGCUGCAGAUGGAGGACGAUGGAUCAGUUGAUGAGGAGAUCAUUUCAAGUCCAUCUGAUGAAGAACAAAGCUACCAGCAACAUGUGGAGGAGCUGCUGCAGGAGGUGCAGAGGUUGAGAGAAGAACUGAAGAUGAAGGACAGGAUCAUCGCUAAACUCUCUCAGCAGGAAUCCACUCGUGAUGUGACCCACUGCCACUGCCAGCAGGGGAAGCCUGAGAUUUCCCUACAGAGACGAAGCCUGCAGGAUAGGGGCACUCAGACACCAUGGAGGGUACAAAAUCCUCAGAUACUACAGCCUUCCAGAGCCCCGGCCAGCGGGCACCUCAAGCUGGCAAGACCAUCAAGCCGAACCCACUUCGGGGCCCCCAGUGACCAUGUGGAUGCCCAGUCUGGUGACUGUCCAGUGAGGCCUCAAUCUUGGAAUCCAGUCAUACCAGUCACUGUCCCGAGUAAUGCUGCCCUUCCUUCUGCUGUACCCUCUAGUGCGCCUACCGCUACUGUCAGUGCCACCCCUGCUAUCCUGACCUCCAGCGGCCUGAACUCCGAUGAGCUCACCCUGCUCUUAAAUAACCAUCUGCGAAUCGACGACUCAAAAAACCCUGGCAUGACCACUGGCACGACCGAUACCCAUUCCAGGACGGAUGGUUCAGACAGCGUACGUGACCGUGCUCCGAGAGAGAACCACCAACCCGGAGGGGUCCACUCCCUGCGCAGAGAAGGCAUUUUAAAUAAACCAAGGGGUGGUGGUGCCCAGGUUAGCUUAGGAAGGGGAAUGCUUGGUACAUCUAAACUCCAAAUGGGUUUCAACGGUCCAUCCAGAACUAGGCAUCUACCCCCUCCGAACCGUGGGCUCCCUUGCAUUAGCUUAGCCUCCCAGGUCAUUCCGCUGGCGCCCGUUGCUCAAAGCCAGGGCAUCGCGAUGAACUCAAGAGACGCGGAGAACAAUUCAAUACGGACGCAAGAUUUAAACUCACGCCUGCCCAAACCGAAGAGCCAUUGACCCUUUCAUGAAUGCCUGUAAUCUUUCAAUCCCUCGGCCCUAUUCAAGAUGCCCCACAGAUCCCCGAUUGACAAACCCAGUAUGGACCCACUGGAAGCCAACUGGAAACACUACUGACCCCAGAGCUGCUAUUUAUUUAGUUUAUUAUAAAUAAUACAAAAAAGUUCAGGUGCCCAGAUUCCCAGAACUUUAUUUUGCUGUUCCUGCUCUCUGAUAAACACACUGUACGCAGAUCUUAUUUAUAAAUGUAUUAUAUUUAAACCAAGAAAAUAACUGACAAUCCCUCUGCUGCCUUUAAUCGCUAAUAAAUGAAAGCAAUUGACAAUUUAAA